AUGACGUCAAAAGGUAUAGAACAGUCAGAUAAGACAAUAAAUAGAUCAGAUGCUUUGAUUAAAUUUUUUUUGUUUUCAACAGCGAUGGUUAUCGUCCCUAUUUCAUCUUAUUAUUUAUCUUUGAAAUAUGUUUUUGAUUACAAUAAGACAACAUAUGCUGCAAUUAUUGCGGUAUUGAUGGCAAACGCUGUUUUGAUAGGCUAUAUCAUCCUUGCCUUGAUGGAGGAUAGAAACGAUAGAAACAGAGGAAUUGGGGCGAAUAUACCCUCAGAAGCUCUAAAAGAGCUUAAGAAAGACCAGUAA